AUGUCAGAAAGAAGUAAUAAAAUAACAACGAUAUCGGAAGAAGAAUUUUUCCGCUUGCAAGAGCAGUUAAUCGAUUUGCGGAAUAAGAAUUAUGAAUUGAUAGAAGAAAAUCAGCGGCAACGAAAUUGUAUUAAUUCAUUCGCAUCGAAGGGAAAUGAAACGUUUUUGUUCGCUUCUAAGUUAAUUGGUCGCCGAAAUGAUAAAUUGGAAAAUGACAAAUAUGAAGAGGAAAUAUUCACAUUGCGAAAGAAACUUUCUCUACAAGAAGAAGAAUUUCGAUUACAGCAAACAACAUUAUUAUCCGAAUUAAAUAAAGUGAUGAAACGAUGUGAAAUGCUGGAAUCGAAAUUAAAAGAAUUUGAUAUUGCCGAUGAAAGAAUUCAUUCAGAUACAGUCGCUGAAAUGAAUAGAGAAAUAGCUGAUCUCAAAGCUAUGAUUGCCGAAAAAGAUAUGCUUAUUGAAGAAAUAGCUUUACUAAAAAAAGAUUUGCUUCAUUCAAAGAGCGUUCAAGACGAUAAAAUCAUUCAGUUGGAACAAAGCUUGAGUAACACGCAAAAUCUUCUAAUUAAUGAGCGAAAUUUAAACCAAAUACUCAAUGAAAAGGUCGUUUCAAUUUCUGAAGAAAUUAAUAAUUUACGACGAAUUUCGGAAAAAAGUGAGAUUUCCGAGCAAAAUGGAGAUAUAGAAAUGAGAUUUGACCGGAAAGAUCAAUCAUCACAAAGUGAAGAGGUAAUCAUUUUGCCGAAAAUUCAGUCGAAAUUUAAUGAUUUGAUUAAAUGA